AUGUUGCCAUUCCGAUUGGGUGGAGGCCGCGUAUGGCGACGGCUUUUCUCAUCAGCUGUGAUGAGCCAGGGCAAAUGCAAGGGUUUGACCCAUGAAGAGUGUUUGGCACAGAUGCCACAGUACUGCAGUUGGCUUCUGACGCAGCAAAAAUCCUUGGGCAAGGAAUAUGAUGACCUGAAAGAAUAUCUUCUAUCUCGAGCCAAGGUGCGUUUGACAAUCCAAAGAGACCAAGGUUUUUACCGUUUUUACCCAAACAGUUUACUGUUGGGGUUCUCUCUUAGGAAAAAGAGACACUGGCCACAGUCUCUAGCCACAGCCCUGAACCCUGUGUCCGGGUGUUGGAGGAGUUGUCCUGCUGUCCUCUCACCGCGCUUGCAAACCCUGUGUCCGCCUUUUGUCCUCUUGGUGUCCUGCUGUGUUAUCCUCUUGUUCCCCAAUCAGUUUAAAGAAAUGGAAUAG